GAGACGGCACAACUUUAUAAGCCCGUGUGCUUAGAUUUGUGUAUGCAAACUAUAUAAAUCGUUAGGUUUAUUGCAGGGAAAAGCAAGAAAGCAGAAGUGGAGCGACAUGGUAGGAUUUUCUUCCCAAACACAACCGUGGGUUUUCACCACAAACUCCGAUAACUUUGAUAAACAAUGUCUAGAUUUGGUAAAGAUGGAUCAAGAAGAUGAAGAUACCAACAAGAGCAACCCUGAUGUGAUGAGCAAUAAGAAGAAGAAGAAGAAUGAGGUGUUGCUGGAGGCGGUGGAUGAACUGAAGAGGACAAAGAGCUUGACCGGAGAAGACCUAGACGAACUAAAGGGGUGUUUAGAUCUGGGGUUUGGCUUCAGCUACGACGAAAUUCCCGAGCUUUGCAACACCUUACCUGCACUUGAGUUGUGUUACUCUACGUCUCCUACUAACACCACCCUCGCCAAUUGGAAGAUCUCUACUCCUGGUGACCAUCCAGAAGAUGUUAAAGCGAGGCUCAAAUUCUGGGCACAAGCUGUGGCUUGCACCGUCAAACUAUGCAACUAAAAGAUUCAAGAACAAACAGUGGAAAAUUCUUAAUGAUGAUCGUAUCAGCCGCAUGAACCCUUAAGCUCUGCCGAUCCAUGGCAGUUGGGGGGAUGAAAUUUCCUGCAAUUGUUGGAAAUGGACCAGCCAAAAAUCUAAAUAUGGAUCAGGUUUGGGAUUACACAAUGCUGGAAUGAGUCUGACUUAAUUCUGCAUAGAG